CGAUAGCCAAUGCUGUAUCUCUAACCAAAAGUUUAUUGUUCUUCUAACUCAAAUGUCAUCUAUUCAAGUUUACCUCCUGAGCAUUUAAUCUAAACUAUGUUCAGUGCAAUUUGGAAGGGCUGCUGGAUUGCUAGGGGAACUGCCUUGCAGAUGACAUAUACUUUAUUUGAAAGGCACAAUAAAAUUAAGAUAUCUGUGUUUUAUUAUUUCUAUAAUGAUUUUUUUAAUCUCAUUUAUUUGAGAUUUUUGAGGUGAGCUAGAUUCUUGAACCACUGCCGUGUGUGAGAUAGGCAUUUCUACAGAAAAGAUAGAUAAGCAGACGUGCAAUUUUGAUCUAGCAACAACUGGGGAAUAAAUUUCCAAGUCAAUCAAAACAAAAGUGAUGAAUUUUGACGGCGAUAAGGUUAAAGCUGGCUGAGUCACUGUCUUAACGGAACUGGGGGUCCUGAUGCUGAGAUGGACCUCCAACAAUUACAACCAUCUAUCUUCCUGCUCAGUAAAUGUCAUGCAGAUUCUAUGAGCAUCAUCCUCAACAAUCCUCAAUAAUGGCAGAUGAGGAAAGACUGAUUUCACCUAAAGCUCCAAGUGAAAGAUUCAUCUCAGCACCCAACAUACGUCACUGCUGUCACUGAUACCAACUUGAUUCCCUCCAUAUAUCUUGUGCUGGCUGAGAACCAAGGUAUAUGGAGUGACUCAAAUUGACAUCAAUGAUGGUGGUAACUUCACUUGGGUGCUGAACCGUUUAUUUCACUGGGUUCUUUAGCAAGGGAAUGUUAAUAUUUAAGUCUCAAAUCAUCUACAUUUAUUGAGGAUGCUGAACUUCAUGGAAUCUGACUCUCAAAUGUACUUAUUCACCACUUAGUUAAAUUAUUCACGACUAUUUAUUUUGAGCUGUGCCUACAUUAUUGAAUUUUGAUUUAGUUCAAAUGUCAUGUUAUCACUUAGUCCAUUGCAGAUUGUAGCUAAUGUCUAGCAUGAAUCUAAUUCUACACUGUAGUUUUGACACCUUGUUCUUUGCUAUGUCUGUUGCAAUACUUGGACAUUUUUUUACAUCCUCAUUGAACUAGAGUUUUGAGUUAAUUGUAAUGGUAGAGUGAGUGACUCAACAGCUACGUGCUUUGAGUAAUUAAAAAAAAAUAGUAUGAAUGUAUUUUCCAAGUAUGCAGAUAAUGCUGGGCCAUUUAGAUUUAUGUGAAGAAGCAGGUAAUUUAUGCAUGAUGUCACUGCAGAACAAAUGAGUUUCAUUUCUAGUCAAGGAAGGAGUCGCCGUAUUUUAUGCAAAUUAAGUUUCCUGAAGUAUAUUUAAGCCAGCUAUUUUAAACACCAACACAACUUCUGAAAGCAGAAGAGACUAAACGAGUCAUCAAUAUGGAAAGCAAGGCAACCAACCUGAAAAAUGAAUAUGACAGCAACGGCUACCUCACAGGAAUCCAGAUCCUGGACAAGAAUCAAUUGACAUCGGCUCUUCAGAACUAUUCAGCUUUAGAGGAGAAAUUUGGUAAAGUGUACACCCAGUACAACCUUCACAAUAUACAUUUAGAGAACACUUGGGCGAUGGAUUUAGCCACACAUCCCCAGGUCCUCCAAACCAUCACUGCAGUUUUGGGUCCUAACAUCAUUCUUCUUGAUUCCCGGUUUAUCUGUAAGUAUCCGGCCUCGGAUGUCCCGUACAAAAACAACGUGGCCCCAUUUGUUGCCUGGCACCAGGACAUCAGGUACUGGGGGUUUGAAGGAGGUUCUGUGGCAUCUGUGUGGCUGGCACUUGAUGAUGUUGACCAAGAAAAUGGGGUCCUCCAAGUUAUUCCAGGAAGCCACAAGCAAGGGUUACUGGAACAUAGAACAAGUACAAUUGCUGGGAAUAUGUUGACAUCCAAUCAGGAAAUUCCUGAGCACUUGAUUGAAGCAGAGAAGGCUGUCCAAUGCCCUCUCAAAGUGGGAGAAAUGUCGGUCCAUGAUGGUUUGACAGUUCACUUUAGUGAACCUAACUUUUCAAACAGGCGUAGAUGUGGCUUUGUAAUCCGUUAUGUCCCCACCACUGCUUAUCCUGUUGACGAUCCAGAUCGGCCUCGUUCUUUCCCUGCCACAGUCCUGGUUGCAGGAGAAGACAACUUCAAACACUUUAAAAACAACGCGCCGAGUACCUUUAUUAAAACAUUUUGAAAAUAUUACACCAUUGAAAAGUGAUUAAUUUAUGAAUAUUGUAUAAUUUGCUGUAAUGUCGUCUGUUGUCACUGAAAUGGAGCAUCAUUGAUGUUCAGAGACAAAAGAAAAAUCAAGUGUUGUGUGUAUACAAUGUUGUGAUUCUACUAAUUAAUGAACUGCGUAAUAUAUUAAUAAAAAAGGUUAUCGGAAUGGAAA